AUGUGGACACUCAAUAUAGAGCGAUAUUUCGAAAGCGCCGCCCCAAAGGCCGCUUCGCCGUCGGAGAGCAAUGAGGGCCGGAGGGCGAGGAAGGAGUCGUCCCGGAGGGCCGGGAGCAGCCGGGAAGAUUUUGCAAGGGGGGCCCGUGAGGCGGCAGUGCUGUGUGAGCAAGCUUACUUCGCGGCUACUGGGACGCAGCUCAUCGUCGAAGAUGAAGCUUGUCAACGCUCACAGCCAACUGUCCAUCUCCUGGGUCCCGUGUGCCACAAGGACCACGUCACACUCGUGUGUGUGGCCCAGGGCUUUCCCUAUGAGUGGCCCAUUGAUGUGAGCUGGAAGCGUGAUGCACAAGAGGUGACUCGCCUCUCUGUUGCCACCAACCCCGUCCGCACCCUGAAUGGCACAUGCAACUUUGGGGUUUCCAGUCGCCUGAGCAUGACAGCUGCAGAGUGGCAGGAGAGGCAUGUGUACUCAUGCCACGUGAGACAAGGGAACAUAGCUGAGGCUGAAGAGUCGAUGGAGAGGGAGCCAAGCCAGCAGUCAGCCUCAACUGUCUUGGAGUUUCAGAGCAGCCUUCAUACAGGGCAGGUCAUUUUCCUGCUCCUGGUGGUCAAGAGCUUUGCCUAUGGCACUGCUCUGGGAAUCUACACAGCCUGUAAGAAGAAAACAUGUAAGAGACCCAUUUUACUUACUGAAAUCUGAAUGGUACAACUUCCUUGGCCACAGGGAACCAGUGUUCCUGUAUCCAGAGGCCCUGGUGACAUCCAAAGUAUAUAAUGAAAGCCCCACCCCACUUAGUUGGAACAAUUGGCUUGCUGAUCAGAAGGUCGGCGGUUCGAAUCCCUGCGACGGGGUGAGCUCCUGUUGCUUGGUCCCAGCUCCUGCCAACCUAGCAGUUCGAAAGAACGUCAAAAUGCAAGUAGAUAAAUAGGAACCGCUAUAGCGGGAAGGUAAACGGCGUUUCCAUGUGCUGCUCUGGUUUGCCAGAAGCGGCUUUGUCAUGCUGGCCACAUGACCUGGAAGCUAUACGCCGGCUCCCUCGGCCAAUAAUGUGAGAUGAGCGUGCAACCCCAGAGUCGGACACGACUGGACCUAAUGGUCAGGGGUCCCUUUACCUUUACCUUUAUGUAAACAGUAGGGCUGUGCAUCGGUCCCAAGAUUCAGCUUGUAUCUGUAGGUUUGGGACCCAAAUAUAUUUGUUAAAUUUGUUUCCCACUCCCCAUCCAAUAUAAUGGGGAAGUUAAAAACAGCUAUAGCUUGUUUUCCUUUUUGUAGAAAUGGAUAGAGUCGAUUAAGCCUACCAAAUGGUAGGCGGGGAAAAUCCAGGUGUUUUCAUGCAGGGCAUCUUUACAUUUUGAUUUUUAAAGGGGAGGGAACAAAGGAAAAGUAUAUAAAAUUUUCUGAUUCUCCCAGAAUUAGAUGGAAUUUGCGAGCGUGGCCAUAGCCUCUAAAGGGGUAAAUAGCCUGCCAAAUUUCUAAACGAUAGCUGCAGUGGAUCUGCAGCUGGUACAGGCUUUAGUAUUUGGGGAUAGGUACAAAUGGAAUGAUGGGGGAAAGAACAUGAAUUUACAGGAAAUCUUGGAGCAAGGAAAAUGUCACCCCAAUAAGUAUCCUAUUACCCCAAGGGUCGUUGAUGUGAGGUGCACUCCCCUACCCAAUUUUUUAGGGUAUAAUGGAGAAUGAGAACAAAACAAACACUGUUUUUAAUCCCUCCUCAAAACCUGCCCAUCAAAACAAAAGGUCUUUCUGCCAGCUCUGCAUUCCCUUCCCUCUUGAACUCUGAGCAUUUCCCAAGUCACAGAAUGGUUCAGGAUCUGUUUUGACUUGAGAUGCCUUGUUAAUGGUGCCAUCUCACUUGGAAAUUUGAGAAGCUUCUGCACAUCGCUCUGCGUUGCUUCAUAUAUCACUGUACACACAGAAUUGAUGGUGCAUCCUGCGCUGAUGAUCAUUGCCUUGCUGGGUUAUUUUCUUUUAUAGGUCUCUGAUGGAGCUGUGGAAAGGCUCUGUGUCUUCCUGCUGGGACUGAAGCGUUAGCUCUUCCUUCAGUCAAGAAAUUUAUCCACUUACAGCUGGAGGCCAUUCCCAGUGUGGAUCCUCAAUGUUUCUUCUCUGACAUUUUCCCGUCUUCCUUCUCAUCUGCUCUUCAAUCUUGAGGGACCUACAUUGGUCACUUGAAAAACUGCUGAAUUCUUCCUUUCCUUGAGCAAAUUUCCUGUGUAACAAUAAACAGAACUAGAUUUUAUUAUCUCUGCAUGACUGUGUUGGGAAUUAUUAAUCCAACAAGAUGGGAAGCUCCUCAUGUGCACCUUUCCUCAUUGCUGCAUCUCUGUUUUGGGGGGGAGACACAGAUGCAGCUCCUGUUAAAGACACACAAGCGCUCUCAAAUGUUCAUGUAUCCUUCCAUCCAUUAGGUCCCACCCAUAUCUAAUUAAUUCUGGGAUGAUAUGCACUUCACAUGAUAGAUGUGGGCUGUAGUGGUUCAGUCAGUGGUAGAACAUUUGCUUUGUAUUUAGAUGGAUGUCCAAUCUCCAGGUGGAGCUGAGCAUGCCUCUUGCCAGAAACCCAUGGAGAGCUGCUGUCAGUCUGUGUAGACUCACUUAGAUGGACCAAUGGUCUUGUUCAGCAUGAGGCAGCUUCCCUAUUCUCCUGUGUUCAUUAAUCAUCAUCAUCAUCACCAUCAAUUUAUUAUUUAUAUCCCACCCAUCUGGCUGGGUGGCUUCCAACAAAAUAUUAAAAGUAUAUUUA